AGUCUCCUAUCAGCAAGCAAGCAACUCACACAACCUGCUCAAGUCAAGUCAAUACAGCGUCUAAACUUACCCUGAUCCAGCACAAGAGCCGACCUUGAGUCUUCACUCAAAACGAUUUCUUCCACUAAGCCAAAGCUCGAUCUCCUUACACGUUCUGCACCUUCGCCUUCUUACAAAAUUUUAAACCAUGGAGCUGGAAGCGCUCGAGAGCAAGCUGCAUCUUCUGGACCUCCACCGCCAGCUCAGCGCGGUUCACUGCCAGAACUUCAUCCGUAUCCUCGAGUCGUCGCUCGCCGAAUGCGCCACGCAAUCCGACCACGAUUCGAACGACGCCGCGGGGGCAGCAGAUGACGAUUUCCGAGUCAGCGCGGAAAAGCCCGUCGGGCUGUCCGUGCCACGUGCCUUCUCGCGAAGCGGCGACGCCGCGACGUCUUGGGAUUCUCUCAGCAGCAGCGUCAUCAGCAGCAGUUCGAGCAACAGCAGCAGCAGCAGCGGUAGCUGGGAAGCGGAUCUGAGCUUUUAUGACGAGUCCUGCCCGAUCUCCCGCACCCAUUCCCACUCGCACUCUCACUCCCGCCGCAGCAGCACUGGGAGGAAGCAACACGUACGCUCAACCGCGUCUUCCCCGCGCGGACACGCGCCGAAGAGCAGCCUGCGCCGCCACUCGAGCCUUAACACCGACGCGGCUCGGGACUUUCCGUGAACGACGAUUAUCCGACGCGGUUAGCUUUUCUGGUUUGAUCUGCAAACUCGUCUUCGCGCGCGGACGCCGACGAAUAGCUAGUGGAUAGCAGCCUCCGCCCCCUCAUGAAUGUUAACACCGACGCGGCGACAUACUUGCGCCAAUAAGCACCGAGCUCGUUUUACGGCGAGGCCGUCGCGUCUUCUAACAGCCCGACUCGCCGAACCAUUGGCAUCUGCCUGUACAGCGCGAUACGCGGGUCUCGUAGGAUCUGGCACGAUUCGCCAGGGUCCGCUUAACCUAAUGUUGUCAAUAUGUUAGUCUAGGAAUUUUUGUUCGUGGCAUAAUGUCAAUAUUUGACAUAAAAUCAAGUUACAGUU